AUGGCUCAGAUGAGGACAGUGGCAGUCGUUGGAGCGUCCGGAAACCUAGGCUUCUACGUUGUCAAAGCGUUGUUAGCAGCCGGUUUCGUUGUCACCGCUGUGAUUCGAGCGACCUCAGAAGCUCCUUUCCCCGCCGAAGUCAUUGUUAAAAAAACCGAUUUCGCAACGGUUGAGUCCGUUGCAGCUGUGCUGGAGGGCCACGAUGUCGUGGUAUCGACCUUGGGAACGUUUGCAAUCAGCAUUCAACGCCAGCUCAUUGAUGCUGCUAUAGCGGCGCGUGUCCAGAGGUUCAUCCCAUCUGAGUUUGGUGUCGAUACGAGAACCCUUGGUUCCUCCAAGUUAGCGGCGAUUGUAUCGAGCAAAUUAGAGAUCAUCAAUUAUCUAGAGGAGAAGAGUGGACAGCAUGACGGCUUCACUUGGACGGCCUUAGCCACGGGUUCAUUUUUCGAAUGGGGCCUUAACCGUGGUACCUUUGGAAUAGACCUAGUUGCUAAAACGGCCACUAUUUAUGACUCCGGAAACGAACCCUUUUCUCCAUCCACAUUCAGUUUCGUGGGCCAAGCUGUUGCAGCGAGCCUUGUACAGGCAGACAAAACAAGAAACAAAUAUCUUGCUGUGGCUUCUUUCACAAUAACGCAAAAUGAGCUGCUAAAGGCCAUCGAGGAAGAGAGCGGGUCAAAGUUCGUGGUCGAACACGCAUCAACUCUCGAGUUGGAGAAACUUGCCCUCGAAAAACUUAGCAAAGGUAACCCGACUGGAGUCGUUGACUUGAUGAAGGUAUACCUCUUCAAAGACGGGGGUGCACACCAACUGGUGUUCGAGGGUAGCGGGAAUGAUAUUCUGAAGCUACCAGAAGCUGAUUUGCAUGCCGUUUUGAAACAUGUCUUGAAUACCGCUGAAUUUUAA